AUGGGAAACGCAGAAUCCAAACCCCGGCGCAAGCAGCGGUCCACGGGCAGCGAAAGCUCCCAAACCAGCACCCAGUCGCUUCCGGCACAGACUCAAACACAAACACAUUCCGCCGCCAUCAAAGCCUCCUCUCGCCCCAAACGAACACAGAGACCCGCCUCUGCGCACCCCGCAGUACCCAUCCCCACAAAGUCUUUUCAGGAGAAAUCAGCUCUCAUGAACCGACUUGUUACCCCGGCCCAGCCCUGCUCUGCUCGGGUUACUUACAUCAAGCCUGUCACCGUGUCUCCUGACGACGAAAAGGACGCCGAUAUUGGCCCCACCGCAAAAGCUCCGGUGGUUGUUGCGACAGAAAUCCCUUCCAUUCUGACGCCAGAAGACUCGCCCAAAUACCUGGAGCCCUCUGAGGCAGCGCCCUUCGGUAAGCUCCACGUGGGAGCCCAAGUCGCCGAGGGUCUCCAGGGAAACCGACGAGACUCAGAUAAUCGCAACAUUGUCAACUCCAAGAUCCAGCUGCGAGAUGACUCGCCCGCAGAAGACGACGAAGACGACUCAGAAGACUACUACUACAAAAACAACCUCACCUACGGCCUCAAACAGCUCAAGCUAGGCACCGAUGUCGCCAACAUGAACAUUGAGGUGGUGGGACAAGACGCCGUCUCAAAGCCGCUGUCGCGGGUCGACUCGGGCGAUGAGGUUGAGCUCCGGUACCAGGGCCAUGAUGAUGUGAGCAGUAGCAGUGGACAUGGACCUCGGCCUGGUGCUGUGAGAACCAAAAUCUGCUACAAGCAAGGAGGCAACAAGGCAUACAUCACAGGCACCUUCACCGGCUGGAGAAAGAUGCUGCCUAUGGAUCGCCAGUCAGACGGCACCUUUUCCGUCACCCUGGAUCUCCCAGAAGGCACUCAUCGGUUCCGGUUUGUGAUUGACGGAGAGCUCAAGUGUGCUGACGACAUUGGUACGGCCACAGACUCGUCUGGCUUCCUCGUCAACUAUCUGGAUGUCGGUAACGAUGACUCUGACAAUGUCCCUGCAUCGUUCUCAGAAGAGAACAUUCCUCUUUGCCGAGAGGGCGACCUCAAGAAGCCCCAAACCACGUCUGCCACUCAGCCCCAAACCACACACCAUGCAUCAUCUAACCACCACAGCCAUGGCGACGACGGAAUCACGCAAUACGAGGACGAGACUCCCAUCCCCCCACCACUGGAGUACACCAACGAGAUCCCCAGUAUGUUCCUGACGCUGGACGUGGCCGAACUCGACAUUCCCGAGAGCCAGGCAGUGCCUCCACAUCUACCUCCUCAUCUUGAUACGGUGAUUCUCAACACCAACUCCAACGAGAAGGAUGACAGCUCUGUGCUACCUGCCCCCAACCAUGUUGUUUUGAACCAUUUGGCCACCUCAUCUAUCAAGCACAAUGUUCUUGCUGUAGCCUCCGUCAACCGCUACGGCAAGAAGUUUGUCACCCAGAUUCUGCAUGCGCCUAUGCCUUCUCUGAACUAA